CCGGGCUCGGGGGAGCCGGGGUGCAUGUAGGAGGGCAGGCUGGCCCAGGCCGGGCAGAAGCGGGCCGGUGCUCGGCGCGUAAACGAGGGAUAAGAGACGCAGGAACCGGGGGCUGGGGUCGGCGCCGUCCCGGGAUGCCGCAGGGGGUGGGUUCUCUCGCCGCACGGGGCGGAGCCCUGGGGCUCGGGGCGGGGCGCGAAGCCGAGGCUGACCCGACCUCCGAGCGAGAGCCGGUAGAAGGCGGGGCUCGGCGGCCGGGGGCGGGGCCAGGGCGGCCGGGGGGUGGGGCCUGGAGCGUGGAGGCGGGCCUGGCGCCGGAGAGGGGCGGGGCCUCGGGUUUGGAGAAGGAGGGCGCCGGCGCCCAGGCGCCGGGGGCGGGGCUUCAUCCGGGGAGUGGCGUGGCUCCGGCCCCGGAAAAGGAGUGCAGUUCUGCCGGGGGCGGGGCCUCGGGGCCGGGGGCGGAACUGCGCCCCUUGGAAGGCGGAGCCAAGGAUCCGGAAGGCGGAGCCAAGGAUCCAGGCGCGGGGCUCAGCCAGAGUAAUGGCCAGGGGCGUCCACGCGGGGGCGGUCUCCGCGGGGGCGGGGCCUGGGGACGCGGGAGGCCGCGAACUCCACCCGGAGAGGUGGUGUGGGUGGAGCGGGCUCGGCGGCCCGCCGACUCGGGGCCGAUCUGGGUGCCCCGGAGGCCCCCGAGGGCUCAGAGUUGGGGCGGCGCCCCCGGCGGAGGCACGGGGCCGGGCUGGGGGGUGCCUCCAGGGGACCGGGGCUCCCCGGAGCCGUCCAGCGGGGACGUGUGGGUGCCUCGGGGCCGGCCCCCUGCAGCGGCCACAGAGGUGUGGGUGUGCUGGGCCGGCGGCACCUGGGUGUGGCGCGAAUGGGGCCGCUCGGUCGGGGCUACUCCUGUGCAGUCAGAUAGGGUCUGGACUUUGCGUAAAGGCACAGGUGGAAACUGAGGAGUCUCAGAGGUGGGGACC